AUGGCAGGGGCGGCCUCCGCGCUGUUUCUGCUCGAUAUCAAGGGCCGUGUUCUAGUGUGGCGCGAUUACCGUGGAGAUGUCACAGCUGCUCAAGCCGAGCGUUUCUUCACCAAACUCAUCGAGAAAGAGGGCGAUUCACAGUCAAAUGAUCCGGUUGCUUACGAUAAUGGAGUGACCUACAUGUUUGUACAGCAUAGUAACAUUUACCUGAUGAUAGCGUCCAGACAGAACUGUAAUGCUGCCAGUCUUCUCUUCUUCUUGCAUCGUGUAGUCGAUGUCUUCAAGCAUUACUUUGAGGAGUUAGAGGAGGAAUCUUUGAGGGAUAACUUUGUGGUAGUGUAUGAGUUACUUGACGAGAUGAUGGACUUUGGUUACCCUCAGUAUACCGAAGCAAGGAUCCUUAGUGAAUUCAUUAAGACCGAUGCCUACAGAAUGGAAGUUACACAGAGACCUCCAAUGGCUGUCACUAAUGCUGUCUCGUGGAGGAGUGAGGGGUUACAGUUUAAGAAAAACGAAGUUUUCUUGGAUGUAAUAGAGAGUGUAAAUAUCCUUGUCAACAGUAAUGGGCAAAUUGUGAGGUCUGAUGUCGUUGGAGCAUUGAAGAUGCGAACAUACUUGAGUGGAAUGCCAGAGUGUAAGUUAGGCCUGAAUGAUAGAGUACUGUUGGAGGCACAGGGACGGGCAACAAAAGGGAAAGCCAUUGAUUUGGAGGACAUCAAAUUUCAUCAGUGUGUUCGAUUGGCUCGUUUUGAAAACGAUAGGACGAUAUCUUUCAUACCACCUGAUGGAGCUUUUGAUCUAAUGACAUAUAGACUCAGUACCCAGGUAAAGCCUCUUAUAUGGGUGGAAGCUCAGAUAGAGAGGCAUUCCAGAAGUCGUGUUGAGAUGCUUGUAAAAGCUAGAAGCCAGUUCAAGGAAAGAAGCACUGCAACAAAUGUUGAAAUCGAAUUGCCUGUACCAACUGAUGCAUCCAACCCCACCGUAAGAACAUCACUCGGGUCUGCCGCAUAUGCUCCUGAAAAAGAUGCACUGGUCUGGAAAAUCAAAUCUUUCCCUGGGAACAAGGAGUAUAUGUUGAGAGCAGAGUUCCACCUUCCGAGUAUAACUGCAGAGGAAGCAACGCCUGAGCGAAAAGCUCCAAUCCGUGUCAAAUUCGAGAUCCCUUACUUCACGGUUUCAGGAAUACAGGUUCGAUACCUGAAGAUCAUUGAGAAGAGUGGGUACCAAGCUCUUCCAUGGGUGAGAUAUAUAACCAUGGCUGGUGAGUAUGAACUCAGGCUCAUGUAA